AAUGCAACUCUCCAUUGAAAUAAUUGAUAAGGUAACCACAUAUUGACCAGAUAACGUGUGUGUGUAUACACGCUAUAUUGCCAAAAGUAUUGGGACACCACUGCAAAUCAUUGGAUUCAGGUGUUCUAAUCGCCUCCAUGGCCACCUAGGCAUGCAGACUGCUUCUACAAACAUGAGUGAAAGAAUGGGUCGCUCUCAGGAGCUCAGUGAAUUCAAGCAUGGUACCGUGAUAGGUUGCCAUCUGUGUAAUAAGUCCAUCUGUGAAAUUUCCUUGCUACUAAAUAUUCCACGGUCAACUGUUAGUGGUAUUAUAACAAAGUAGAAGCAACUGGGAACAAUGGCAAAAUGACAUAGUGGGGUCAGGGCAUACUGAAGAGCACAGUGAGCAGA